UGCGUGGUGUUUAUGAGCGCGCUUGUGUGAGUAAUUGAUUAAACAAAAGGCAUUUGGUAACCUAGGCCAACUGGAAUUAUAGAGACCACCCCACCAAUACAAGUGACUUAAAAUCAAAUCAAAUAUAAUGGGCUGCAACACCAGCCAGGAGCUGAAGACGAAGGAUGGCGCCGCCAUCGACGCGGUCAGCAAUGGGGAGCCGGAGCCGAGUGCUCCGCAAAUGGAGAACGAAGCUCUUCAGUCCUCUGCAAAGUCAUCAAACAAUCAUACAAAUCACGCCAAAUCAAGUUCAAUUACCUCCAAUGGUGAUGCCAAGGCGCCGAACGUUGGCAGCGCUGGAGGAGGCGGAGGUGCCUCAUCCGAAGCAACAAAUGGCAUUGAUCGUCCCUUCGAUAAGGCGGCAAUCACGGAAUUCGACGACGACGAUGACGACGAGGACGAGGACGAAGCAAAAGCCGCAACAAAAAUUCAAGCAGUCUUUCGAGGCCACAAAGUGAGAGAAACCAUGAAAAAAUCGGAAACCAAAACUGUGACCAACAAUGGUGCCGCCGCCGCAGCCGCCGCCGCCGCAGCCGCUGCAGAGGUCGAAGAGGCAGCCGGCUCCUCGGCAGAGCAGACCAAGGCAGAGCUCGAGGCUGAGUUCGAUCCGAACGACAAAGAGCUCUGCCAUGCAGCACUGAAGAUUCAGUCCACAUUCCGUGGCCAUUUGGCACGCAAGCUGGUCAACAAGGAUGCGCCCGAGGAUGAGGACAUCCAGGAGAUAACCAAGAAGGUUGCCGAGGAAUUGGACAUAGAUCUGACCGAUCCGGAGUUGAACAAGGCCGCCACCAAGAUCCAGGCCUCGUUCCGCGGCCACAAGACACGCAGGGACACCCAGCCCGAGUAAGGGAAUCACAAUUUGAAUUUUGUUGGUCAUGGCUUGAAAGAAUGAAAGUCACUGAAAAUAAAUAUAUACAAAAAAUAGAAACAGAAACAGUAACAGAAAAACAAGCAAAAAAAAUUGGUAAAUUGUAAAUGUGCAAAAGGCCGUUCGAGACGAGGGCACACAAUUGGAAUCUUUUAAGUGAACUAAAUGGAAAACCAAAGAAAAUCUCAUAAUAAUUAUACAAUACAUAUUAGCAUAUUAAUAAGUCGGAAGUCGGGCAAUGGUUUGAAUGAUUUUUGCUUGGCUUUAAAGAGCUGGAGAGAUUGUUUGAAGCAUUGUCUAGAGUACAACAUAGAUUGUCAUUAUUUGGAAGCUUUUCUUGCUAGUUCAAAGUCUCUCAAUUAAUCGGAUAACUGAGUUAAUUAAUAUUUAAUUACAUUUAAUUUUGGUUCUCGAACUUAGGACUAAACCCCAAAACAGUAACUAAACCUAAACUAUAACUAACAAGUAACAAAACGUUAAAUGGCAAACCAGUUAAAUUUGCAAAGUAAAAUUAAUACUUAAUGUUUAAAAACAAAGAGAAUCAACAACAACAACAACAACAACAAAAUGGUAAUUAAAAGGCACGAUGUUCCAUAUAAAAAUUUAUUGUAGACAAAUCGACAAAUGCAAGGAAAAUGCUGAACAAACUUUUGGGAAAACAUUUUUCCGUUUUUGUCUGGCCAAAGCCAAAAGUCAAAGAAAUUUAAUUGUACCUACAUGAAGAUAUAUACAUAUAUAUACACACAUGAAUUAUAACCAAAGAAACUCGAUGUUGUUUCACAUUAGGGGUAUCCGAGCAACAGCAAGCAGCUACGCUACGAGGAGAUGUCAACACAAUUUUCCAGCCUCUGGGCUCUACGUACAUAUGUGGAAAACUGAGGCAUAGAUCAACCAAAGCAAAUCGAAAGGCGAUUACCAAUCUGGUGGCACAAUUUUUUCGUUUUUCUACCAAGUGUAUUACCAAUUUGUCUACUUAACAAAAGAGAACAAAAUGUAGCCGAAACGAAGCCCAA